GUUAAAUAUUAGAUGCUUUUCUGGGAUUUCCAGAUAUGUUGUCGCUCUGAUUUGGGAAGCAUUGGUAAAUUCCGUUUAUUGUAUUUUGUUUACAAACAUUUUUUGACGUUUAUGGUAGGUUUUUUUCUAGUAUUUUAUCCACUGAAAGUAAAGCAAAAUGCCGGAUACGGAUUUCAUAAUGAAAUGUCGCGGACUGCCAUGGUCUUGUACAGAGGAUGAUCUACGUGAAUUUUUUGGGGAAGCGGCAAGAUCAAUCACUCAGAUAAAGCUGACAAAAGAUCGUGAUGGGCGUGCAAGCGGUGAAGGAUAUGUUGUAUUUAGCAGUCGAGAAGAUUAUGACUUUGCUUUAACAAAAGACAAGAAAUAUAUUGGUAAACGGUAUGUGGAGCUUCAACAAGUAUCCUCGAUGGAAUCGGAUUAUGAUGAUGGCGACCGACGAUACGGAGGACCAGUGGCAGAUCCAAAUUUGCCUGGCCGUGAGACAUCUAUCGUUAGAUUAGGAGGAUUACCAUAUGGUUGCACUAAGGAAGAAAUAGUGCGUUUCUUCGAACCACUAGAAAUAGCCGAUAGAGGUAUUGUUAUGACUUACGAUCGUUACAGUGGAAAGCCAAAGGGCGAGGCUUUCGUUGCAUUCACUGAUGAAGACUCGGCCUCCAAAGCUCUUGCUAAAAAUAAGGAAUACAUUCAGCAUAGAUAUGUGGACAUAUAUCCGUCAUCUUAUGGUGAAAUGCUUCGAGCUUUGGAUGGGGGUCUUGAUCCGUACGGUAGCGGUGGUCGAGGAUGGGAGAGAGAUCGACGCCCGAGAGGACUGCCAUAUGAUCGUCCAGGUGCUGACCGUGGUUAUCGUGAUUCCAGAAUGCAUCGAAAUGAAGUAUGGGCCGACAGAUACGGUGGUGGUGGCGACGGUUAUGAUGAUGGGUACGGUGGUGGACGUGGUGGUGGAGGACCGAUGCGACGGGGUUGGAGAGAUGAACCGCCGAUGGGUGGCCAUAGGGGGUAUUCACCACCGCGGCGUCGUUAUACGACGCCGCCACCGGAAUACUGUAUACGGAUGCGCGGUCUUCCAUAUCGGGCCACGGAACGCGACAUAAUCGAUUUCUUCCAACCGCUGCGACCAGCAUCGAUUGAUGUGCUCUAUGAAUAUGGAACGGAUCGUCCUAGUGGUGAGGCAAUUGUCGAGUUCAGAAAUCGAGCAGAUUUUGAUGCUGCGAUGCAACGCAAUCGAAAUUAUAUGGGAUCGCGUUACGUAGAACUCAUCCCGGAACAUUGAAAUUCGUCAUGGAGGAAGCCAUGAAUUUUCAAAUUUCGAUUUUCAUGUAAAAUUUAUAUCAGCUAAUGAAAUUUUCAACACAAUUGUUCUUUCCCGUGUUUAUUUUUUCAAUUUCAUUCUUGUUCUCAGCGAAGUAUCUAUUAAGAAAACUUCAUACUUGU